UGACAGGAUAUUCAUUUGUGUGGUUCCAAAUAAGCAGUAAUUAUGGCCCGACCAAUACUUAAUUCUGAUUCUUUACCCAGGGCUGGUCGAGUGAAUGAAG